UCACCGAUAUGGUUUUUGCGCAUUGCGCAAUCGAUUGACAUUUAGAUAAUUGUGUUUUUACACAAAAAAAUGAAUUGUUAACAAUACAAAUUUGAAGGAUUUUGAGAAAAGGCAGCAAUAACGAUGACGGUCACAAAAGGCAAACGAAAUUAUUCAUUCCCCGUUGGUUCCGGAAACAAUUCAGACGUUGAAUCUCUCCACUUGGGUAGUGCGUCUGCUAGCGAUACUGAGUCAAACAAUGAGCCAGCGUCGCAAAGCAGGCCGCUCAUGCCCCCUGUCUUCAAGGGCACUAGGGAAGAGUUGGGGAAUCUUAAAAAAAAUUCUGGUAGAAAGAAAUUGAGAAGAUACCAGAAUCGUUGCUUGUUGCAAACCCUUGCCGAGGAGGAGGAGGACGAUGGGUCUCUUGUGGUGAUAAUGGAGCCUUACGCAAGCCCCUUCGCGAAACUCCUCCAAGACGACGAUGCCUUACAGUUCUGGAACGCGUUUGUUGACAAAUCCGAGGAGGAACAGGCUCGAGUUGUUGCCGCUUUUUCUCAAAAACAAUCCAAAAGUGAUAAGACUGCGCAGAGGGAGAAGCCAUCCGCGCGCAUUUCGCACAAAAUCAAACGCACAAUCAAAAUUAGAAAGAACUUGUCGCUGGAACAAGUGAAGCAAUCCGAGGACGACCUAAUUGCCUUCUUUAAGUCAACACCAAGCCAGGUCUACGUCAAAUGCCCAGCUUCUUACUUUGAAAGACUGCUCCUACAUGCCAUUGCUCAAUAUCACGAUCUACAGUCGUUAGGAAUGAAUGAGGAUGGGAACAAGCGGGUCGAAAUUUACAACACGAGGGAAGACUGGAACCCUGCUGACUGCUUCUUGACCGAUUUUGUUGCUCAGUUGAGGAAGUAGCUUUGCUUACUUAUUUUAUUGUUGAUUUUGUUCAGAGUUUUAGUUUUGAUUUUAAAUCAUUCUGUUUUCCUAUUUGUUCAAAGUAUUAAUACUUUUAUGUAAUAGACUAGAAGUUGCUUAGAUGAUACAUAAGUGAGUGUGUUCUCUUAUGAGGUUGUCGAAAGCUCAGGUGCCACCACUUUGUCACUUUUCCAUGUGAUUUUUGUUAAUUCUCGGCAACUGAGCUACUUUACCGUACCUUUUGUUUGUGCAACCAGGGAUUCUCAAAGAGAUUCUCAUUUGAAUAAAUAGUUUUAUAAUCUUA